AACUCGUACUGAGUGGGCGGCGCUUGCCGCUGACAUUCCGGAGCGCACAAGAGAGAGACACAUAGACUUGGCAAAAGGCGUCCUGUCCAGCGCUCUGUUGGUUGAAGCGACUAGUUGCAGCUAUAGUGUAGUGCAUGGUCUCAAUGUGAACCAUGUCUCAGAACUGAGUACAGGACAGCCAGAAUAUAUCGCAGGGAGAGCACCUUGGGACUAUGCUGAACGCAGAAGCGGGAGCAACUUCUUCGGAGAAAAGUUUGGUGGCCGCGCAGCAGCAGUACGCGGCGGGCAGUGGGAAUAUGGCUGAUCGAAAUGAUAUCACCACCCUUACCAUACCUGUCCCAAUUCGAAGAGGUGGCUCAGACACCAAUCUGAAUGUGGAUGUAACUGAUGGCAUUUUGGGCUUCUACAAAGGGAAACUUACAAAUGAUAACCUCCAUCAGAAAAUUCUCAAAGUCACAGAGCAGAUAAAAAUUGAGCAGACGGCACGUGACGAAAAUGUGGCAGAAUACCUAAAGCUUGUUAACAAUGCAGAUAAGCAGCAGGCUGCCCGAAUCAAACAAGUAUUUGAAAAAAAGAAUCAAAAGUCUGCCCAAACUAUUGCUCAAUUGCAGAAAAAGUUAGAACAGUACCAUAAAAAACUGAAAGAGACGGAACAAAGCUUGCCCUCCAAAAAUUACAAAGAUUCUUCCAAGGAUAAUCUCAAGGAUGUUCAGUCGAAUGUAAAGGAUGGCAGCAAUGCCACACGGACAGGAAAUGUGAUACAGGGCAGUGUAGAGAAGAUUAAAACAAGUGGCCCUGGAGUGACUCUGACACCUCCUUUUUUUUUCAACAAGCCAAAAGAAUUUGCUAACUUGAUCCGUAAUAAAUUUGGCAGUGCUGAUAAUAUUGCAAAUAUGAAGAAUUCUCUAGAUCCAUUUCACACUGAAACAGGAAACCGCGCCUUAAGUGGAAGUGCUACUAUUGUUGCAAAGCCAAAAUAUCCAAGUGACGAUGAGUGUUCAAGUGGGAGUUCUGCUUCCGCCGACAGUAAUGGGAACCCAACUUUCAUUAUUGGAGAUGGGAAUGUAAUAGAGAAGCAGGAGAAGUUUUCUGUGAUUUUUGCUGAAUUGAGAGAUAUCAAAGAAAUGCAGGGACAAUUAGCAGAAGAUAUUGAGACACUGAAGGUUCAGUUUAAGAGGGACUAUGGCUUUAUUACACAGACGUUGCAAGAAGAGAGAUACAGGUACGCACGUUUAGAAGACCAACUAAAUGAUCUCACUGAACUACAUCAACAUGAAACCUCAAAUCUAAAGCAAGAAUUAGCAAGUAUUGAAGAAAAAGCAGCAUACCAGGCAUAUGAACGUGCAAGAGACAUUGAGGAAGCUUUGGAGUCAUGCCAAACUCGAAUUUCCAAACUUGAGCUACAACAGCAACAGCAGCAACAAGUAAUACAGUUGGAAAACACAGAUGCUAAAGUACUUCUGGGAAAAUGUAUUAAUAUCAUGCUUGCUAUUGUCACAGUCAUCCUAGUGUGUGUCUCUACUAUUGCCAAAUUCACUGCUCCACUCAUGAGGAGUAGAUUACAUGUUGUAUGUACUUUCUUUGCUGUUACACUCCUUGCGAUCUUCUGGAAGAACUGGGACAACUUGCAGUGUGCCAUUGAGCGUGUACUGCUACCUAACUGAGCUUCAUGUAUGUUUUCUUUUAUUUUUGUUUUUAAAUAAGCCAGGUAACUUGAUUUUCCAGUCCUAAAGACAUUUUACUUUCAAAUUUAUUUUACUAUUGUGCUAAAUUAAAUACAAAGACUAUGAUACAAUGAUGGACACACUGUGGUAUUUCUGUUUUAAAUAUACCUUUCUGGUUGGGCCAAUAUUUUGAGACUGUUUAACAGUUAGAUAUUUUGCUUUUAUAUUGAUAAUUUUAUUCUAUUUUGAGAUAAUUGGCGUUUAUGGUUUAUAUUAUUUUAAACAACCAAAGAGCAGUUUUCAAAAUACUUUUGGGCAGAUGAGAAGCAAGAAUUCUAAUUUUGAAAAGCUUGCUGCAAAACAGUUAUGCACACACACGAAUAAAAGAUUUCCAUGGUGAUGCCAGAGCAUGCUGUCACAUGGAGUCGAAUGCAAGAGAAAGCAAUGGAUGAUCCUGUGUCUAGAGAAAUGCAAUAGUACCUGUUUGGUUUUAAACUGAAUGACUAUGGUGCUAAUCCCGCUAAUGUCAACUGUGCAAAAAACAAUGAAGAAGUUUCCUAGCACAUCUGAUGACUAAACGUGUUGCACAGUAUGCUAAACUGAUUAUCAGUGUGAAGUCUUCUUGUGGAAAGAAACCUUCUGCUUUGCAGGGGAUGCCAGACAUGUAGUAAUUUAGUUUGCAAAAGUGGAAAAAUGGAAAGAGGAUAGUGACAGACGGAAUUCCUGCACUGAUGCUGUUACCUGUUUUUUGACUCAUGUUAUGCUGUCAUUUCACACAGUAUGACAGCCCUCAUUUAAAGACAUGAUCCACACAUUGAACCCCAAGUUUGAGGGUCCAGGAUGAAAAUACUUUAGCAAGUCAACAGUCUCCCAAACAUACAGUAGUGUUAAGGAAGAAGAGCUUUCACUGCAGAGUGUGCAAGUUUAUUAUGAACUUGCCACACUUACAAACUCCCUGAAGAAUGGGCCCAAGUUGCAUUGAAAGCUUGCAUAUUGCAAUAAAAGGUGUCAUUUUGCUUCACCUCUCAUUGAGCUUACCACAGAUAUUCCUGUUUCAGUUAAACUGCAAUGUUGAUUUGCCUAAUUCAGAUGGAUAAUUCAGUAUUUACAGGCUCAGAGAUGUUGUUUCUAAAAUGUAUAACUUUUUGUUAAGCUAUGUUGGUUACUUUAUAUCCACAUCAGUUUUUGUUUCUUUAUACCUUACUUAUUCCUCUAUAUUAUCCGCAGCAAGAAACACACAGUAUAGCAGUAGUUUUUUUUUCUUCUUCUUCUUCUUCUUCUUCUCCUCCUCCUCCUCCUCCUCCUCCUCCUCCUCCUCCUCCUGUUCGUUCCUCCCUUCUUCCCGACUCUGACUUGCUGAAUGAAGUGAGGCAGCUGCUUUUAUGCUGCACCUGGGAGCACUUCAGGUGGCCCAUCGGCAUUAUCUGGAAGUACUCCCAGGUGUGGUGGAAGCCCAAAGUAGGGCUCUGCAGCUCCCCCUGGUGGCCCCACAGAACCCAACAGGGCUGUGCCAAAAUCCAACUCCCAUGGAGACCUGUGGGAAUCUGAGGCACUGCUGCAACCGAGGUGGGCUGCCAUCUAGCGAUCCGGGGGAGGCAGUGUCCUGUGCAUAUCUGCUCUCUGGUCCUUCCUUUACGACAGUCUCCUAGCCAGGAAAGGUCUCCGGCCAUCUGUCACACAAUUUUAUAGAUAGUUUUUCUUACAAUAUAUCAACAUUUAAAAACUCAAUUUAUCGGCCCAACCUUAACCACUAUGUAACUGCUGCAUGGUGCAAUGCAAUUGUUGUUUCAUAUAUUUUCAUGCCUCCUGUUUGAUUGUAUUGUAUGAAUUUAGAAACUUCACUUUGAUUACUGUUAUGUGUAAAUUCCUGAAAAUUGUCCGAUUAUAGUGUAAUGUUUGUGUUUCAAAUGGGACAAUGUACAGUUUGAUUUUAAUGUAUAAAAAUAACUGAGCACCAAAUCAUGCUAGCAUGUAUGUACUACAAAUUAUUUUAUUGUUUGUUUACAAAUUUAAAUACUGGAAGCAUUUUUUUGGAAGAGUGCAAUAUCCUCAUGGAAAUGUGAAUAGUUCUGUGAACUGCCUGUUGGCCAAAUUUCCUUAUCCGACAGCUUGUGUGAUCUAUAUGUAACUUUUUAAAUUUUCUCUCCGGCCAUAAAUUUUUCUUCACCAGAUCUGUACUGCAUGGAUGCCAGUAACAUUAACAACUUUGUAGUGUAUUACUAUACUCAUUCUUUAUAAUCAUUUUUAAUUUCUUUAGGGUCUUUUUGCACAAUAAACUAAUGUGUGUUAAAGUGGGUAGUUAGCUAAAACACUGCCUUUGAAAAGGUUUAAAGCAUCAGGCUUUAAUGUUGAGCAAAACUGACAAGCUGCUAGAACUGGCAUUAGUGAGACAGUAAGUGAGACAAUGUGUGAGCUGGACGAUGAAGAGUGAACCAUACAAUGCAAUGUUUAAUUUAAUGGUAGGUGAGUUUAUACCAACCAGCUUAUCUUCAUGUUGUGCUGCUGUGACAGACAAAAUGCUUUAUUUCUCUAAUUGGGACAUGAUGAUUAACAGAAAACAAACUUGAGAGAAUGGUAAUGGGUCUAAACUAUAAAGAAAGAGAAAGGGCCUGCUUCUUCAUUUUUGUGAAGCUCAUUUGUUUUUUGUUGGUUUAAUGUAAUGUAAGGACAUACAAUUUUAAUUGUUCAUUAAUAACAAAACAAGAGUGCCUGACCUGUCAUCUAUACUGCAUUCACAUACAGUAACUAUAGUUUCUUCAGACUGUAUGCAAGUGAUAAUUGGAAUAAUGUAAAGAGGAGCAGGGUGGCACAGUAGUCAGUUCCAAAGUCCUAUAGAUACACAGGUCAUGUUAACUGAUGACUCUAAAAGGUUUCUGUUUGAGUAUGUGUGUGUGUGUGUGUGUGUUUGUGCAGUGAGCUGACACACUAAUGUACAAGAAUAAUGGGGAUUAGAAGAUGGACGGAUAGAAAAUACCGUUAUUGUAAUAAAAUACAUAAUGGUAUUAAUCCGCAGACUAUUAAUACUUUAAGUGUAGGAUGCCUUCAUUUUAGAAUUGUUUCUUUCAUUGUUCAGAAGGAAUUAAUUGUGGUUGGAAAAAGGAAUUUCUGUAAAUAAUUCAGUACAUUCUGUUUCUUAUGAAAGCCACUUGAUUUCUCCAAAUUUCCAUAAUGAUAUUCCAUAGAUGUUUGGUAUUUUAUAAUCUUUUUUUUUUUAUUUUGUCAAAAGAAAUACAUUUCACCCUUAAUCUGAUCUGUUACUGAGAUGGACUCAUUAGACAUGUACUUCAAACUCUUGUUCUUUGGUGUUGUCUUGUUUCUUUCAUCUCAGUUUGUAAAAAUGUAAACAUUUUCUUGAAAAUGUAAAUUGGAGAGAACAAAAAUUGUAAAAUGGAAAUGUAUAUUAUAUUUGAUUAUUAUUAUGUUUUAUUUUUUUAAUUUUACAAAAUCUGAAAUUUACAUUCUGUUGGAAAAUGAAUUAAUCCCACCCUGAAAACUUAUUUAGUCUAAUUGGCCAUUUUUCUAAUAAAGAGUAUUUUUAAUACAU